GCAGGAGAUUCAUUAACAUUCCCAGCCUUUUCUGGCAUCAUCUCCCAGCGCGUCUACUUUCGCAUUGUCGCCCAACACCCUUUUCCUCCUUCCCAACUGGAACCGCAGCUUCCAACCCGCCGAUCACCUUUCCAUAUCUCCCUAAAUCUCCGAAAAUUCCCUUUCUCCCCACGGCGAUCUGUCCAUGUGAACAGCAGCCAUGACGUCCCGCAAAACGCAGCAAGAGAUCGACAAGACCUUCAAGAAGGUCGCGGAAGGCAUACAGACAUUUGAGGGCAUCUAUGAAAAGAUCCGCUCAACAUCGAAUCCUACCCAGCGAGAUAAGCUGGAGGAGAACCUGAAACGAGAGAUCAAGAAGCUGCAGCGAUUCCGCGAUCAGAUCAAGUCAUGGGCUUCCGGCAAUGAGGUCAAAGACAAAGGGCCGCUGCUCGAGCAGCGCAGAGCAAUCGAAACUUGUAUGGAGCAGUUCAAAGCCGUGGAAAAGGAGAUGAAAACCAAGGCGUAUUCCAAGGAAGGCCUUUCCGCUGCGUCGCGACUCGAUCCCAAAGAAAAAGAGAAACUCGAAGCGUGCGACUUCCUAUCGAACUGCGUGGACGAACUUCAACUGAAGAUCGAGGCGAUGGAGGCCGAAGAGGAGACCCUUCACGUGCAGAUGAAGAAGGGCAAGAAGGAUAUCACCAGGACAAAUCGUUUAUCGGACCUCUCGCGGAUACUGGAGCGACAUAAGUGGCACGUCAACAAACUUGAGUUGCUGCUACGAGCGCUUCAGAACGGCGCGGUCGAAACCAGCCAGGUGGUGGAUCUGAAGGAGAGUAUCAAGUACUACGUGGAUGAUGGACACAACGUCGAUUACUGCGGAGAAGACGAGACGCUCUAUGACGAUCUCAAUCUGGGCGAGGAUACCGAGGCGCAGUUCGGAAUGGUUGGGGACAACGAUCGCGUUUCGUCGCAGGACACACAAUCGAUCCAGGAGGACGAGCCGGAAGUGAAGGCGAAAUCGUCGAAAGCUGACGCUAGUGGGCUCCGCCGGCCAUCAGCGCAGAUGAAGUCACCUUUGCCAGUUCUCGCAACACUUCACCCUCCAACACCCACAAACUCCACUUCUGGCAUGAAACCCGCCCCUCCUCCGACUCGUCCCCCGGCGAGACUCUCAAAUACGCCUGCGAGCGACAAAAACGGUGUCGGUAUCGCCCCUCUGCCCCCGCCGCCUGGCACGAGCCCUGCCUAUACCGCCGCCAUUCCAGUCUCGAGAGCGUCAUCCACAGCAUCGCCAGUUGUGUCUUCCGUCCAACCAGUAUCGAAAGCGGCAGCGACCGCCACCGAAGAGACUGGUGGACACGGUCGGUCCAAGACUCCAGCUCUCAGCCCCAGCGCCGCAGGGACGCCCGCAGCGGCCAGUGCUUCGAAUACGAUGCCUUCCACUCCAGCGAUGGAUAAGGCGAACGCCGCAGCCGCCAAGGAACAGCCUGCGACAGCCAACGGCGAGACAGCCAAGGAAGAUGAGCAGCGCGACGAGUCGAUAUACCAUCUGCCUCCCGGGCUGCAGGAUUUGAUCCAGUCAUUUGAGAUCACCAAGAGCCGCGCGGCGAACAGUGCGUCAAGCUCAUCACCGUCGGUUCAGCGCCUGCUCGCAGCAUCACUGACGACUUGCCCGGAGCCUGCCGAUGCAGAGAAGCCUCAACCACUCGCCAUAUUCGAUGAUCCUCGUCUGUAUGACACCGGACGGAUCGAUACCGAUACGCUUUUCUACUUGUUUUACUACCGUCAGGGAAGCUACCAGCAGUACCUGGCGGCCAAGGCGCUCAAGAACCAGAGCUGGCGCUUCCAUAAACAGUACCAGACCUGGUUCCAACGCCAUGAGGAGCCGAAGAACAUCACCGAGGACUAUGAACAGGGUACAUAUCGGUUCUUCGAUUACGAGAGUACCUGGAUGAACCGGCGCAAGGCGGAUUUCAAAUUUAUCUACAAGUAUCUGGAGGAUGAAUUAUAAGAAGUGUAUCUUGGGUGCAUAUGGGACGGGGCUUUCCUUUUUCUGCUGGACAGGUGGCGAACAUGGAUUUUUUUUGACAGGUUCAUCUUCAUCUUCAUCUUCACCAUCAUCUUUGAUACUUGUGGUAGUCUUGAAUGUCCGCAUUAGGCUGGUUGGGCUUUGACUGGUGAUGGCGGGAAUAUGUGAUAUUUACUUCAUCUAUUUCCUGCCCCUGUUUUUUCCCCUCCUUGUCUAUUUCUUUUGCUCCUCAUAGUUCUUCUAUGGUGUCAUCUGUGAAACGAGUAAAUGAAUGGGACAGCAGAACAUGGGAGUUCUGCUUAUGCUACUUCUGUUCCUAGGUUGGCUGACAGCAAAGUAAGAGACAAC